ACCUUACAAAAACACACAAAGAAUCUUUUCACCUUCAGUGUGCUACUUAUAUUGUUAAUUAUAGCCAAGAUCUGCAUCACUUUGGAGAGUACAUACAAAAAUGUCUAAGGGAAGAGGCAGUGCAUCUUUACUUAUGGUUAUGGCCACCUUGAUCCCUCUUACGUGUCUGCUGUUUCUAGUGAAACCUUCAAAUGCAGCCACUUACACUGUUGGAGGACCUGGUGGAUGGUCCUUCAACACAAAUUCUUGGCCCAAUGGAAAAACCUUUAGAGCUGGUGACGUGCUAGUUUUCAACUAUGAUUCAAGCACACACAACGUGGUUGCUGUGGAUAGAAUUGGAUACAGCAGUUGCAGGACCCCAGGAGGUGCUAAAGUGUUCAGAUCAGGGAAGGACCAAAUCAAGAUCGCAAGAGGUGCAAAUUACUUCAUAUGUAACGUCCCUGGUCACUGUGAAUCUGGCAUGAAAAUUGCCAUCAAUGCAGCUUGAAUGGGAUGGCCACUAGUAGCAUGAGUACAAGUGAUGUUAAUUAAUUAAUGUAUGCUUGUUAGGGUCAUCAUUGCAUGUUGAUAAUAAAUUAAGAGAUGCCAAAACCCGAUCAGAAUUUAUUAUUUUUAUCAGCAAUUAGCUAAUAUAAAAAUGUGAAUUAGAAGUAUGCUAUUAUAUUAUACUAAGAAAAUUACUUAUAAUAAAAAUUUAUAUGUAGUUAUUUUUAUAUGAAAUUAAUAGUUAAAAAUUAUUAUACAAUAAUUUGAUCUUGUCAAAUUAUUUAAUAAUUUUUAAUUAUUAAUUUUAUAUAAAAAUAAAUGCAUAUAAAUAUUAAGUUUUUUUUUAUUAAUUAAUAAUUAGUGAAGUUGCCCUGUUAGAUUUGUAUUUGUGUGGAGUGAGAUAUGUGUGAUGAGAAAAGAAGCAGGGAUGGUCCAUUGGUGACGGGCUGUUCUUGGACUAUAUGGUAUGAAUUUUAUGAUUUUAUCUUAUCUGUGCACAUUGUGAGCUGUGAAAUUAUGGAAGUCUGUUGCCAA